CGAAUGGGUAGUAUCACACUUGAAACAAGCUCGGGUACAUGUAAGUCAGGAUGAGAGUUGUUUACGUGCGCAUGCGUAUUAUUUUGCUUGUUUGGGCAAUGGGAGUUGUUUCUUCUCAAGGAAAACAAUCAAUCUGUGCUGAUAUAGUCUUUGCUCUGGAGACAUCGUGCAGUGUUGAUGACGAAACUAAAGCACUCGCCAAAGUAUUCAUCCAAGAUUUUGUGACAAUGUUCGAUUCUGUUAAACAAAAAAAUGUGAGUAAUGUCGCUACCCAGUUCGGGUUGUUAGCCUAUGAUGCUACACCACGCCCCGUGUUUACAUUCGAUGAAGCACUAUCCAAACAGGAGAUUCUGCAAAGAAUUGAAACUUUCAAGAUGGAAACAACAGGUUGUAAAACUCUCACUCAUAAUGCAAUUAACAUGGCAAGCGAUGAUUUCUUCGAAACAACAUUAAACGACAGACGCACUCCCGAUGUGCUCGUUGUUUUAACGGAUGGACGCACACAACCUCAGAAAUAUAUCCAAAAAACUACGGACGCUAUCCAAAAAUUGCGAGAAACGGUACGGACUAUCGUUAUUGAGUUACCCAACAAGAAGGGACGUGAAUCGUUACCAGAGACUCUUGAGCAAUUAAACACACUGGCUGAAGUUGAAGAUCGGUUUAAACUUGAUGAUGACUCAGAUAUAGAAGAUCUUGCGACUGAGGUGUUUGAUCAUUUGUUAGAUAGAAGUGAAUUUGUUUGUCCACCAGCUGAUCCAGUGCAUUCAGUACAUCCAUGUCACGAGAAGUGCCAGUAUACACCUCCACCCCCAAAGACAGCACAGCCAGGACUUGGGCGGUUUAGCCGAGUCAAUGUAAUGCUAGAUUGCACAUAUGAAGAGAAUUGUGACAUCCAGUUCCUCAAAGACUUCGCAGCCGAACUUGAUCGACAACCUAAAUGCAAAAUGUAUUACCCUUUAAAGGCAGUUGCAGAGAAUCGCCUCUAUGUUAUUUAUGGCUGUGAAAGAGCAGGGUAUCUAGAGAAGGCACUGAUGACAAAGGACCAACGAUUCACAUGUCAAGUUCAACCAAUUAUGGACUAUUAUGACUUUGCAAUUUCUACUCUUGGUCUCAAUGUAUCACAAGAAAUGACAGAUGCUGUUAUGCCAAGAGCGUCAUUAAAGUGUGAACAUUUAAUAGCUGUAUUUCGAGAGCUGAACUAUCCACCGGGGAAAACCUUCGAGGAAAUCAUGGCUGCUUGGAAGGGACAUGCGCUGGUGGCGUAUGUAAUAAGAGGGACAACCGGAGCGGAAAAUGCAGAAGUGUUUCAUUAUGUAGGCGAGGAAAGGGAAGUGAUAUUUCGUGUAUGGGAUAGUCCAGAACUGUUGGAUAGCAUCAUAGUUGGCGCCAACGGCGGAAAUGAUUGGGUGCUUCAAAAGAAAAUGACAUCAGGGUUGACGCAUCGCACAAAAUUGCUGCUUCACUUGGAUUGUAUUUGCAACCCUGAUCGUGACAUGUAUGCAUAGCUUCUAUGUAAACAGACACUAAAUGCAGGGACAAUAUUGAACACAUGAAGUUGCAUACAAUUUCAGUAACAACUGAUAAUUAGUGUUAACAUUACCCCAGUGAUAUUGUUAUAUGCAUGCAGAAUAUUUAUAUGGAAGUAUCAUUGUCAUUUUUGACUCGGUCUAAAUAUGGUUCCCAAUCGGUAUAUUUUGAUGAAUGGAUGUUUUAAUAGGAUCGUUUCUAA